GGGGGUGUAAACAAGAUGUACCACGGGAUCUAUGACUAUGACAAGAGUCUUCCCAGGGUCCACGUCCCCAUGGAGACAGGAGACACCCUCUUCUUCCACCCCCUGCUCAUUCACGGUUCCGGAAGGAACAGGACAGAAGGGUUUCGGAAGGCUAUUAGUUGCCAUUAUGCCAGUAGCGAUGGCUACUAUAUUGACGUCAAAGGGACCAGCCAGGAAUUUCUGGAGAAGGAAUUGGAAGAGAUUGUCAGGCGGAGGUAUAAUAUGGCUGACGUGGAUUUCAAAUACGUUUCGAUGAUGCGGGGUCGACUUGUUAAAGGGGAGAGAAAAAAUCUUUAAAACACUGCUCGGAUCCAUUCUCCAGUCAGCGAAAAAACCUCGGAGAAAUCAGCAUUUAUUUUUCUCUUACUUUUUGGUGGGGGAAGGACUGUUAUUUCAGACCACUGGGAAGGCUGUUUGCAUCUGGAAAGCAAUUCAAUGCUGCAAUUCUAGGCACAUAACUGGUUAGUUACAAUGAAUUACGGUGAACUUUAGUUCUGAGCAGAAAAAGAAAGAAUGGUUAGAAUUUAAGCUGCAAUUCUAUGCAAACUUUUACUUAGAUUGUGCCUUUGUCGAUUAGAUUCAAAGAAUUUAAUCUGCUGUCCUAGUUUGUUUAAUGAUAAGAAACCUUCAGCUGAGCUCAGAUGGACUUUGAACUAUACGUGCAUAGAAUUAUAUUUUCAAUUUAACAACUGUAACUGAUGUAUUUAAGUAAUUUUAAGUAAAUUGAAUUUUUGCAGUAUUUGGAAAAACCUCAAUAUCUCUUUAAACAGUGCCUCGUUCCUCAGAACUGGAGCGAUUUUAGAUUUUUCUUUGCAAGAAAAUCUUCUUUAUUUUAAUAGCAAUAUCAUAGUUUUUCACCAGAGUGCAGAGUUUUAGAUAGUUAAGAGUUGGAAUGAGGUGUUUUAUUUGAGAAGAAUAUCGUGGACUGCAAAAGAUAGAAGAAGAAUCAAGCAAUGAUUGAAAGAAGAUUUCCAGUUUCUGUGUGUGAGCUUUUUCUUAUAUUAGAAGAAAGACAGCUAGAAGAUGACAUGAAAAAUGGAUUCGUUUUUUCCCCUCUUGUUGUCUAGUUCCUCCUCAGAUAAAGUUUCUGAAAUAUUUCUUCCAAGGGAGACUUUUAAGAGGAGGAGCAAGGAAAAUCUUGCCCUAACCACUGAAGAGAUAUAAUUGUGAUGCCAAAAUAAAAACAAUAAAGGACAAA